AUGGACACCUCAGGGGCAGCAAGGGAGAUUCCGUUUUCCAAUGAAGAAGCUUUGGCUUUAUUUUUGGAUUUAAAGUUAUCCAAAGCUCAUGAAACUGGUGCGACUGUAAAACUGCAAUCAUUGUUGGAUCAUACCGCAACAAGAAUAGUGAAGGCCAUAAAUGAAGAAGACGUAUCCAAAUUUUCGGAAAAUUUGGAGCUAAUAGGAAAGUGGGGCUGUGAUGGGUCUUCCGGGCAAGCUCAAUAUAAGCAAGCCUUUUUAUCACCAUCACAGAGUGAUAGUCACAUGUUUAUGUGCCCUUUCGUGCCCAUUCAAAUAAAAGACGACCAAGGAUCAAUAUUUUGGACCAAUAAACAGCCAUCAUCCACCAAAUUUUGCAGACCGAUUUCUUUUGAAUAUGUCAAGGAAACCCCGGAAGUAUCAAAGAAAUACGUGGAGGACAUCAACGGCCAAAUAUUGAACUUACAAGAAUUCACAGCACACAAGGACGAUAAAAUAUUUAGGAUAAAAUAUAAUCUUUUAUCAACCAUGGUGGAUGGAAAGGUUGUACAGGUGAUGACAAAUACAUCAUUAUCGGCAUGUUGUCCAAUUUGUAAGGCGAGUCCAAAGGACAUGAACAUUUUGACAAAAAUCUCACAAAGGACCAUUUCUCAGGAGGCACUGCAAUAUGGACUUUCUAGUCUGCAUGCAUGGAUACGUUUCAUGGAAUGUAUCCUCCAUGUGGCUUAUAAAAUCCAAAUUAAAUGUUGGUCAGCCAGAACGGAGGAACACAAACUUAUAAAAAACAAGGAAAAACAACGAAUCCAGGAAGAAUUUAGGACACAGACAGGUCUUCUAAUAGACAUGCCCAAACAGGGGUCUGGGAAUACCAACGAUGGUAAUAACGCCAGAAGAUUUUUCGAAGAUCCGGAACUGACUGCUUCCAUCACCAAGGUGGAUGUGGAGCUGAUAAGGAGAUUUGCGACAAUUCUAAAAGCUUUGGCUUCGGGCAGAGAAAUCAAUGGGGACAUGUUUGAGGCAUAUGCAAUGGAAACAGCCGAGCUUUUUGUAUCCCUCUAUAAUUGGUUCUAUAUGCCAUCGUCAGUGCAUAAAAUAUUAAUACAUGGACGAAAAUUUAUAGAACAUUUUUAUGUACCGAUCGGACAAUUAUCAGAGGAGGCACAGGAAGCUCGAAAUAAAGACUACAAGUCGAUAAGGGAAAGUCACACAAGAAAAAUUUCCAGGAAGGCCACUAAUGAGGACCUUAUUAAUUUAUUAUUGGCAACAUCAGAUCCAGUCAUAUCUGCCAAAAGGGUAUUUAAUGCUAAGAAAAAUAAUUCUACUUUAGAUGUAGAUGUUUUAAAAUUAUUAAUAUAA